AUGCAGAUGUGGAUGAAAGGGACUGCGACGACACCGCCACUUAGAGACAUCCUCCCUAGGAGUGCAAAUGGUCAAAUUGUCUUUACUUCCCGAAACCGAAAGCUUGCGAUAAAGUUGGCAUCACCUGAGGUGCUAUCCAUCCCUGAUGUUGAUAAAGACACUGCAUCAAAAAUGCUAGAAACCCUGCUUGUCCAGAAGGGGUUGCUACGAGAUGAUCUUCUCACAUUGGCAUUCCUGGAACAGCUUGAUUUUUUUCCUCUUGCGAUCGCUCAAGCCGCGGAUUAUAUCAAUGAGAACGACAUCGAGCUAUCUGAUUAUCUGUUCAUCUUCAAAGAGAAGGAAGCCACUGCGAUCGAAUUGAUGAGUGAGGAAUUCGACAGCGAGGGUAAUCAGAACCCAGUCAUCACGACCUGGCUCAUUUCUUUCCAGCAGAUCCAAGAACUUAAUCGACUGGCGACUGACUAUCUGUCAUUUAUUUCCUGUAUCAGUCCAAAGGAUAUUCCGCAGUCAAUCCUUCCACCUGCGCCUUCGGCAAAAAAGCAUGCGGAUGCACUUGGUCUCCUGAAUGCAUAUUCAUUUAUCAGUCUACAUGCCUGCAACAGCUCAUUCAGUCUCCACCGACUUGUGCACCUUGCAGUGCAGAAUUGGCUACGCAAAGCGGGCUUCCUUAGCCUUUGGGUACAAAAAACGAUGCAACGCCUGGAUGAUAUCUUCCCUUCGACUGAUCCCGAAAAUCGAGCAUUGUGGAGGAGCAAUCUUCCUCACACACUCUUUCUUCAAGAAAGUGGGGAGUUUCAAAAGAUUCGUCAUGACUACGGCGACUUCAUCAUAAGGCAUCCCGAUAGUCUUACGAGUCUCAGCAUUCUUGGUUCGCUGCUGCUGUACCAGGGGAAAUCUCAAGAGGCAGAAGCCCUUAUUCGGAAAGCACUACAAAAAAGGGAAAAGGUUCUAGGCCUAGAGCAUCCCCAUGCUCUACGUAGUACUUAUGACCUUGCUUUGGUACUUCAAGGCCAGGGCAAGGCUAAGGAGGCGGAAGCCAUUAACCAGCGGGUGCUAGACUGGAGGGAGAAAACUCUAGGGCCAGAUCAUGCCGAUACACUUGCUUGUUGGCCGGUUCUUUGUUAUCAGGGCAAAUAUGAAGAUGCAGAAACCAUGCUGGGACAAGCCCUAGAGCUCAGUAAGAAAGUUCUAGGACUAGAGCAUCCACAAACUCUUACCAAUGCUGAUAAUCUUGGUCUUGUUCUUCACUAUCAGGGCAAGUACCUCGAGACGGAGGCUAUAAACCAGCAAGCAUUAGAAGGAUACAAGACAUUCCUGGUGCCCGAGCACCCUGACACGCUUACCAGCAUGCGCAACCUCGCAUACGCAUUGAAAGGACUCCGGAAAGACCAAGAUGCGUUGGCCUUGAUGGCAAAAUGCUUCCAGCUCCGCAAGAAAGUGUUAGGACCGGACCACCCUCAUGUCAAACUCUGCGUUGAGGCCAUUGAGAAAUGGCUCUAUGGGACCAGCCCCAGCAGAGUCGGAGUCAGCCUCCAUCUCUAUACAACCACGGACAGAGCACUCUCCCUCAACCCACCCAGAAAAACGACCGAUCAGCCUCGCGCGAACGUGCUUUGGGGAGCACCCUCUCCUGAGAGCCUCCUGGAAUACCUCUUCGGGGACGGAACAUUGUGA